AUUUUGCUUUUGUUAUUUUUUUCUUAGCUACCAUGGGAGUUGUGGGGGAUGUUCCCAACUUCCGUGGUUGGGUAGAUAAAUUGCUGAAGAUCACACCGAUGAACGGUAGGUCUUGGAAAACACUUUCUAACUAUUUUGGUUGGAAGGUAAAGACUCAUGAUAAGAAUUUAUAUUUUGUGCCUUUCGUAUCUAUAUUCUCUUUUAUUGCUCUAAUUUCUAUCCUUUUUUUGUCUGGAUUUGCUAUUCGAGGAGUUACUGCUGAAGUAGUUGCGGCUUCUCGUGAUUCCUAGGGAACCCAUACUCCUUUAGGAACCCAUAUCUCUUUAGAAAGAGCCCGAGAAAUAGUUUUGGGUUCUUCUUCUGCAAAAAGGAAAGUUGCAGAAGAGGAAGACUCUGAAGAAGAGGGAGAUGAGGUCUCCCUGGUGACAAGGCCUCGAGUUAGGAGAUGCAUCGUAUCUGAUGACAAAGCUGAAGUGUCGGUUUCUCUUACCGAACCUGUUGAAACUCCAAUAAUAAUUCCGGACGAUGACGUCACUCCCCACGAUACUCGUGAGUCUAUUGACCAACUUUUCAUCAGCAGAUUUGGCCGUGAAGAUGUAGGACCUAUUUUAGACGAAGUACCCUUAUCUUCUUUUCCAACUCCCAUGCUUGUGGUUCCUUCCUUACCGGCCCCAGCUAUUUCCGUUCCUUCUUCUACUGCUUGUACCUCUUCUCCGGCUCCUCCUUUGACUAUUCCCCCUCCUAUCGUUCAUCAUACAAAAGCGGGCUCUUCAAGUAGAAGUGCCGAUAUGAGGCGGGUAACUAUUGAAGUUCCUGGUGAGAGCAGCCUUUUGAGAAAGUCAGGUCAGGUAGAUGCAUGGUUGGAGCCUUUAAUCGGCACAAUUGAAAAAGCCAAGUUGGAGAGUCAUAGUUCCCUGACUUUAAUGAAUGAUAUCGUACAUGCUACUUUGAAGGCCAAUCUUAUUGGCAUAGAAAUGAUGAAAAGAAUCGCCCCCUUGGAGAAGAUAGCACGUGACUCUCAUUCGGAAGGAGCAAUUUGAGCGUGCACAGAUUGAUAUAGAAGACUUACAAGAGAGCAAGAGUACCUUAGAGCAGCGAGUGCGGGCUUUAACUUCAGAAUUGGCGGUUGCAAAAGCUUCUUCAAGCCAAGCAGAAAAAGACAAAGAACAUCUCGAGUCCUCCUUCUCAGAGCAACUAUCUAAAGCUAGUGAAGAAAUCAAAGAGUUAAAAGCUCUUUUGGACCAAAAGGAAGUUUACGCUGGGGAGCUCGUGCAAAACUUGACUCAAGCACAAGAGGAUCUCAGAAUCGCAGCUGAUAAAGUGCGUGUUUUAGAAUGAUCCCAUGACUCUCUUCAAGUUUCCCACAACUCCGCCUUGGCUGAAAAUGAAGAGCUAAAGAAUGAGAUCGCUGCUUGGGAAAAG